CAAAUGGCACACCGGUGGUGGUCGCGUCUUCGCGGUGUGAGCUCCACAUUCCUGCAUAGCAAUAUCGCUUCAAGCAGCGCUGCCAAAGUCGGGGCGAUCGCUGCUGUUGGGGCUACUUGGCUCUACCAAGAUCCCCUCGACUGGCUCGACACUGGAAGGAUGAUGAAUCAACGCAGUAUCAUGUGGAGUUUGCUUGGAAAGAACAGCAUUGCUUAUUCGGAAGACUUGAGCUUACGUCCAUCAAGAGCCGAAACAGGAGAUUUCCUGACACGAUACACCAUCGCUGACGCCGCUGCAAAGGCUGCCCCUGGAAUCGUCAACAUAACUGUGGAUGUUGGAAUAAGGAACGUAUUCAUGGCAAGAUCAUCCGGCUCUGGCUCGAUCAUCCAGUCAGACGGGACCAUCCUGACAAAUGCGCAUGUUGUUGCUGAGGCGGGAAGAGGUUCUCACUCAGGCAAGAUUGUUGUCACUUUGCACGAUGGACGUACUUUUACUGGCGAGCUCGUAUGCUUCGACAUGAUAACGGAUAUUGCCGUGGUCAAGAUCAAGUCCAAAGCACCACUGCCCACUGUCAAAAUUGGUUCGUCGCGAAAGCUGCGAGCAGGUGAGUGGGUGAUCGCUGUAGGGAGUCCUCUACAUCUCCAGAACACUGUCACUGCUGGGAUAAUCAGUGCAGUGGAAAGAAAGAGUAGCGAGAUUGGUUUGCAUGGUGCGACCACGGAUUACAUACAAACCGACGCGGCAAUCAAUCAGGGUAAUUCGGGUGGUCCACUGCUCAACAUGGAUGGAGAAGUCAUUGGGAUCAACACGAUAAAGGCGAUGGCUGCGGAUGGUGUGAGCUUUGCAAUCCCCAUCGAUACCGCUGUGAAAGUCAUGAACCAGCUCAAAAAGCACGGGCAUGUCGUGCGACCUUGGCUAGGAAUCAAAAUGCUGGAACUCACCGAAGCAAUCAUCGAUCAGCUCAAGGACCGAGAUCCGUCGUUUCCAAACGUGUCCAAGGGUGUUUUGGUACCACAGGUGAUUCCUGGCUCCCCAGCUGAGAAAGGUGGCCUUCGACCAGGAGACGUGAUCGUGGAGUUUGAUGGGAAGCCCAUCGACUCAGUGAGCCAGAUUGUGGACUUGCUGGGAGACAAAGUUGGAGUGAGUUUCAAAGUUGUGGUGAAACGAGCUUAUGGCAAGCAAGCAACUCUGAUUGUGGUUCCAGAGGAAGCCACUCCUUGAAGAACCAGAGGUUUUUAAAGUGAAUCGAAAUUUUUUGCUCUC